AUGCUCCAAACGGGUCGACGAUGCUUCUCAGUCUUGGCACGGUGCCAACCCAUUGCAACGUCAUCAGCGAGAGCCUAUAGUACUGAAAAAGCUCAGAAAAUGGAGAAAAAGGAGAUUUUCGAGCUAGACGGACGUCAAUACACUCCAGACGCCCUCUACAACCUCUCGCCAGCCGUUCGACGUCUUCUGGAUCGACGAAUCCUACAGGAGACGUCAAAUCCGUUGAAUUUGCUGAAGAGACGAGUCGUGGACUAUGUUCAUCAGACUUAUAGGAAACCAGGAAAUCGCUCUCCGCUGUUCACAAUUUGCGAAUCGGAACCCCGCGUCGUCACCACCUAUCAGAAUUUCGACUCGCUGCUCACACCAGAAGAUCAUGUGUCUAGACGCCCCUCCGACACGUACUACGUCAACCGAGAGCACUGUCUGCGUGCUCACACCUCGGCUCAUCAGCACACACUGAUGAAACAGGGUCUGGAUGUGUUUCUAGUGAUUGGAGACGUUUAUCGACGGGAUGAGGUCGAUCGGACGCACUAUCCCUGUUUUCAUCAGAUCGAAGGCGUCCGCCUCUAUACCCGCGACGAGCUUCUCGGCAAAAAAUCGGAUGCCUCGGAAAACGCGGCCGAACUAUUUACAGUAACCCGAGACGCCUCCAGAAUUCCAGAAAAACAAGAAACGCACUCGUUGGAUGCGGUAAAAGCCGCUGAAAUUCAGCUGAAACAAUUUUUGGAGAGCCUUUGCGACGAAUUAUUCGGCAGAGACGCCGACAAACGAUGGGUCGAUGCGUAUUUCCCGUUUACGCAUCCGUCCUGGGAGUUGGAGGUAUUCUACAAUGGCCAGUGGUUGGAAGUGCUCGGCUGCGGAAUCAUGGAGCAGAAGCUUCUGGAAUCCGCCGGUGUCACCGACAAAAUCGGAUGGGCAUUUGGUAUCGGUCUGGAGAGGAUUGCGAUGGUUUUGUAUGGAAUUCCGGAUAUUAGAUUAUUCUGGUCCAAAGACACUGGAUUCUUGUCGCAAUUCGCUGGAAAACAGCCGGGCGAGGAUGUGAAAUACAAGCAGAUUAGUGCGCAUCCACAGGUAAUUUUCGACAUUUCGUUCUUCCUACCGGACUCCACAGAGUUCAAUGAUAUGACAUCUGACGUUUAUGAUACGAUUCGAACGAUUGGAGGGGAAUUAGUGGAACAAGUCAAGCUAACCGACGAAUUUGAGAACAAAAAGAAGGCCAAGAAGAGCCAGACCUACCGUAUCGUCUACCGUAGUCAUGAGAAGGCGUUGACGAAAGAGGAGGUCAACGUGAUCCACAAGCAAAUCGAACAGUCCCUAUCAACGACGUAUGGAGUCGUUUUGCGAUGA